AUGGCCAAAAGACUUCAAGAAGCUGAAGAGACCAUCGAGCGUCUUCAGAGCGCCGAUAUACCUACCAAUUAUCAACAGGACAUAAGCGUCCCUGCUGCUGAAAGCGUCAUUCUGGCUUCAACUUCCAGCCAAAUACCACCGCCAGGAAACAGCGUGGAGCCAGCCGUAUCAGAGUCUUCACCUGCAACACACCAAACCUACUCCAGAGACCAGCAAGAUGCUCCUCGAUCGACAGCAGCCAUAGAUAACAUUCCUCAAGAACCGUUAGCUAUUGAUCUCAGCGUGGACGAACAUGGCAAGAUCUGCUACUACGGACCGACGUCUGCUGUUCAUGAGCCUGUCGGACUGGCCUCGCCAUCUACAAACUCAUUAAGCCUUGGUGAUAGCUCAAAGAGGACCGACGUGCGCGCCUACCUCUUGUCGCGAGCACGGGAAUCUACCAUCUGGGAGGAAUUUGCUCUGGGGAAUGCUGCCCUUCAGCUUGGACUGCCCCGUCAGGUAAUGGCGAAACUGCUCCAUCUACACUGGACAUGGGUUGCUCCUAUGUUCAUGUGGGUAUAUAGACCAGCAUUCAUGCGGGAUAUGACCACCGGCGGCCGUUAUUACUCCGAACUACUUCUCCUCGUCUUGUGCGCUCAUGCCUCCAAGUACCAUGACAGCACCCAUGCACAACUUCUUUCCUCCCGUGUUCGACUCCUCCUUGGCGAAGAGAUACAAAAGCCAAGCUCUAUACCUACUAUCCAAGCCCUACUUCAACUGAGUGCCCGUGAACUGGCCCAAGGGGCUAUAUCUCAGGCUUGGUUGUAUAGUGGUAUGGCAUUCAGGAUGGCCGCCGAUCUUGGCCUGCAGCAUAAUGGACCAGAUAUUGCUGAUCUGAAAGGACUUGAUCCAGUGGACCUGGAAAUUCGCAAGAGGCUGUUCUGGAGUUGUUACUUUUGGGAUAAAGCUAUCAGCCUCUAUACAGGAAGGCUUCCUGCAGUGACAGAGUUACCGCAGGGCCCCAUCGACUUCAUGGACGAUACAGCAGAAUCUGAAAUCUGGUCACCCUACCAUGAAGAUACCUCACCAUUGACUCGACUUAGCCCUGGUCAAUACCCAGUUAUGAAAAGUCAUGCAGUCUCAUGCUUUGCGAAUUCAUGCAAGCUAUCGGUUAUAAUAAACGAUAUCAUCGUUCAACUAUACUCAAAACGAAGUAGGGCCAUUACUGAGUCGUCUUUAAACGAUAUCAAGGUUCGCCUGGAUGCUUGGCGGGCUGAGUCGCCAGCUCAUCUUCGAUAUGAUCCUGAUAACUUGCCCACAACUUGUCCACCCCCACAUAUAAUCUCACAAAAUAUACUCUACUAUACUACUGUCAUCCUAGCUCAUCGUCCGUUCUGGUCUGCCCCGAGCUACUAUCAAGUUUGCAUGAACGCAGCCCGAAUCAUGGAGAAACUCCUGCUGUUGUUGGAAUCAACCUUUGGGUUCGAAAACAUCACCUAUCUCAUGGGCUACUGCAUUUACACGGGUGCAUCAGCGGUACUCGAAGAGGCUAAGAACAACGACGGGGCAACACAUCCCACCAUGCAGACCUUUUUAAGAGCGCUCAAUCGAGGCAUGGCGAAAUGUCCCCUUCUCGAGCGGAGUCUACACAUCAUCGUGAAAGGUCUGAAGCGAAGCCCCGUUCAGCGAACAACACUUGAUCAAUCGUUAUCCGACAAUGUAGUCUUGGCUACUAUGAACAGCUACAUCCCUGCGUUUCCAUACCUGGAUCCAAUUGACUUUGAUGAGAUCAUGAGACAAGCACCAGAGUAG